AAACGUUACCUCUUGUUUGAUAACAAUGUGACAAUGUCUCUGUCAGUCUCAGUGACAAGCCUGAUCUAGGCUAACAGACUUCCCAAGCCAGGCAGAACGCUGAACGCGACUCACCUCAACUAAAGGUUUCUGUUGACUGUUGACACGAAGAGGUGAUCGCUUGUAAUUUUCAGGCCAAAGACUUAGUGAAAGCUUGAGACUGUUCAACUUUUCCAGUUCUGAGUAUUGCAUCUGAUUUCAUCUUUAUUGACAACCACUGAUUCAGUAUGCCUGUCGGAGAAAAGCGCUGUGUUUGCGUCACAGGUUUUGGACCUUUCAAGGGACACUUGGUGAAUGCAAGCUGGGUCGCUGUGCAGGAGUUGGCCAAGCUUGGUCUUAGUGAUGAUGUAGAACUUAUCAUUUAUGAACUUCCUGUUGUGUAUGAAGAUGUGAAGAAAAUUAUUCCUGGCUUAUGGGAAAAACAUAAACCAGUGCUGAUGGUUCACGUGGGUGUGUCAGGCAUUGCUGAUGAAAUCACCCUGGAGCAGCAGGCUCACAAUGACGGCUACAAUAGGUGUGAUGUCCGGGGCGUUACACCCAUUACCCAAACAUGUGUGGAUGGAAGCUGUCAUGAUGUCAUUGUCUCGAAAAUUAACAUGGCACAGGUGUGCAAAGCUGUGAAUGAAGCAAACCUCAAGGUCACUACGGUUGUGUCACAUGACCCUGGAAGGUAUCUAUGUGACUUCUCUUACUACAUUUCACUGCAUCAGAAUAGGGAUUGCUCGGCAUUCAUCCACGUCCCUCCUCUUGGCUCCCCUUACAGCGGUGCUGAGUUGGCGCUGGGUCUGCAGGCAAGCAUACGAGCAAUGCUGACACAAGUGCAAUAAUAUUUGUGGUAGUGUAACUGACAUUGGACAAAAGAGAAAUGCUUUGUUGUCUUUUUUUUUUUUUUUCCAUUCGUUGUGUUUUAUUUUUGUCCACUGUCUUGAUUUUUCCAAAGACUUCCUUUCUUUUUUUUAUGUUUAUUACAAUUUUGGUUUUUUUUGGGUUUUUUUAAUGUCUUCUUUGUUUUGGUCCAAUAUCUUCUUUCGUUUGCCAGUUCUAUUGAAGUAAAAUGGUCUGUUGGCCUAGAAGCAAUAGACAGUAACUGAUGAAGAAAGUACAUGUAUUUACGAUUACUGUGAAGCCCCAGGAGGGUACUAUCAAUCACAUGUUGCUAUAAAAGUAUGACAUUAUGAUUCCUGAUUUUGAAAGAGCAAUCUAUUUCUAAGUAAAAUGGUUUGUACUGUUUGAAAAAAGAAUCACAGUCAGCUGAGGUGCAGAUAAUUACUUUUACCCAUGUCCUGUGAUCCAGUCAUUUGCUGGCUCAAAUUUGUAAAAUGGUCAUGAGAAUGGACCCUUUUGUUGCUAGGGUGUGUGUGUUCCUACUGUCAGUGCUGAUUUUCAACUUAACUCGUUAGCCAGGACGGCAGUCUCAUUGCUAAUUGUUCAUGAAUUGGCAGUCUAGAUCUAGCCCACCACUAGUGACAUAAUUUUGACCCGGGAUCUUGGAUUGUUACUUUCUUCACUUUCCUUAUUCCUUGUAUCCCCCUAUCUUCCUCACAAUAUUGAAAAACUUACACAUUUUAAAGUAAAAAAAUUUGAAUUUCUUUGCCUUUUUUAUAGUAUUUUUGUUUACGUUUUUCGGUUUUCUGGCUGAAAGCUCAAAGUAAGUGGAAUCAAAUGUUAUUCUAAAAAAACUUUGAUUUUAAGUUGGACACGCAUGCUAUACCAUAUCUCUAUCAAACUUCACAUUUUGAAACAAUGCAGAAAGCUCUAGAAUCACACACAAUACAGGGGCUCUCUUGGCUUACA